CCUUCUUUCACCAUCUGCCACCGUCAAUUGUUCCACAAGCCCUAUAAAUCUCCCUUCUCUUUACUCUAUCAAGAUGCAAGCUUUAGAAUAUGAAUUCCCGAAAGGUUGCAACGAUUCCUUAUGCGCGUCGGGAAAAGACUCCUCCAACCUAACCAUUGAUAUGAAGCUACCCGAGCCUAACAAAGUCAUGAGACGUAUCGGAUCUUCGAUGGACUGCAAAUGGUCUGGUCCAGUCUCCCCACAACAAUUCCUAGACAAGUUUCUCAACAUUGCGGUACCCAAAACGAAGCCAAACUUCACUCUUCAGCGCAAGAAGGCUCUUAAGGCUGCUGUUACAGGAUCUUCGGACCUUCAAAAAGGUUUUAAGACUGGUCAUCACGAACGUUUCUCGUACAGUCCACUGAUUGACCAACUAAAAGUAUAUUGCCCCAUGCUGAAGCUCGAGAAGACCGCCGAUAACCCAGAAACCAUACUCUGGAACAACCGCAAACUCACCAUCAAGCCUGACAUCACAGCGUACAACUCGUCCGAUUCCCCGACGGAUGGGCACAAGACAGAUUUAAGUCGAGCUGAAGUUCUUUUUGAGCUGAAGUCCAAAAAUGGUGUUGAUUCCUUCGCAAAAAUCGAUACUGGGAGACCAAACAGCACCGAAGCUGACAACACGCUCGAUCAGAUAUCCACCUAUGCCGGUGCCGUCUUCGCCAGGCAGUUUCGGACGCAUCUUUUCUCAGUCUUUAUCUUCGGCGAACAUGUUAGGUUGAUUCGUUGGGAUAGAGGAGGUGCCACAUUCAGCGACAAGUUCCACCUUUGGGAAAAUCCCUUCCUUUUGGAUUUUCUUUGGCGGUACAACUACGCUGAUGCUGAGACACGCGGUCGUGAUCCAUCUGUGAUUCCUCUCGAUGUGACGGACCCAGUUGGAAAUAGACGGGCCACAAGGGCGAGGGAUAUCUUGGGAAUGAAGGAAGGGGAGAAGGUGUACAAGUUCACGGUCGAUGAUGAGGCAACGCAGGAAAAGCGCGCUUUCUACGGCGGGAAGGUCGUUACAGAAGCACCGCCGGUCUCUACUGGACGCUCUACUCGUGGUUUUCUUGUCACCACCUUGGAUGCGUUGGACUUGAUUGGUUCCGUUACAGACUGGUCAAGUCAUAUCCAUUACAUGAAGGAAACCUGGCGGGUUAUGGUUGAUGCGUUGGAGCCUGAAUGGAAGAUCUAUCAGCGACUCAAAGAUGCCAAUGUUCCGCAUGUGCCAACGAUCCUCGCUUCGGGUGAUGCUGCGGGCGACUGGCAGGCAACGGUUACAGGAACGGUCGUACCGAAGAACCAUGGGCUCGAUAUCCGGAGACAUCACCAUUGCUUUAUCGUCAUGAAGGAAGUUGGGCUCCCCUUAACCGAUUUCAAGGUUCAUAAGGAGCUGGUGGGUGCUAUGCGUGACGCGUUGAAAGCCCAUCAAGGAGCCUACGAACGGGCAAACGUACUCCAUCGCGACAUUAGCGUCGGCAACAUCCUGAUCUAUGAUCAAGGAGGCCUCCUUAUCGAUUGGGAAUUCAGCAAAGUUGUCAACCCUCGUAUUUCCAACACGCCACGCCUGGACGAGCGAACAGGAACAUGGCAGUUUAUCUCCGCUCGCAUUCUGUUAUUGGCGGGACAGGACAUAUUGCAUACUCUUACCGACGAUCUCGAGUCUUUCUUCCACGUGCUGUGCUGGGUGGCAGUACAAUACGUUCAACACGAGCUAUCCGACAGCGAGGUCGUUGAUUUAUUGUGGAUGGUAUACGAUCAUGCAAUACAAUCAAACGGCAAGGAUACUGGCGGGCAAAACAAGAAAGAGGCUAUGACUGGGAAGAAAUUUUCCAAAGUCGUCCAGUUCCAGUCAGGUCCAUUGGCGCGGUUGGUGAAGAAAAUUGAGGCCGCUUUUGCUUCCUGGUACAACGAUACCGACAAUCACACAGCCAAUCCGCUAACAUGGACAUCGGAAGACGUUGCUUUGCAUUUGAAGAAAGAAGGCGUUCCGGAGGACGUGGUGGCCAAUUUUCGCGUGGGAAACAUCACAGGACCAAGGCUUCUUGAGUUGGAUGAUCGCAGUCUCCUCGACACCGUCGCAGUCACAAAGAACAUCAACCGCCGAGAUAUCCUUGACAUUAUCGAAUGCCUGGAGGAAGAGAACGCCGAAUCCAACACUAGGACCACGGUAGCUCAACUCAAGAAUCAUGGUUGGAUGAUAGACAUGUUUGACGUCGCUUUCGACUUACUGAAGGACAAGUCAAGCGAGGCCCAACGUGCCGUUAGUCGCAACCUCUGGGAUGCUGUGAGGGCAGCUCGCACUCCUGAGGCCCGGGAAGGGAAAAAGACGACGCGGACGGAGUACGUGGAGAAUGAAUCCUCAAAAAAAUCAGCGAAUAAAGCCGAUCAAGAAGCUGUUGACGACGCUGAUGCACCUCCCAAAAAGAAGCCAAGAACAGCCGCAAGUUGCUCAAAUACGGCUUGUGGAGGCGGGUCGAAUACUCGAACAAAUGUUACGGGUGGUCGACAAGAUGUGCCCAGGAAGCGUUCGAGGUCUGGCGGACGCCUAGAACAGUCACGUCCCUCUUCGAACCGAUCGGUAAACAGUUUACGUCGCAGUGCGCGCCUGCGAGAAAGGUCGCAGAACGGAAGUCUGUCGCGGCGAGGAUCUCGUAGUAGUUGAUAUUACACCCCACUACUAAGUUUCUGUCCAUAUCCAUAUCUAUCUUCGACUGUCUCUGCUUUUACCCAUGCCUUGUAUAUUACUAAAUAGAGCUAAAUACCUAUGUACUAGACUCUCGUUCUCGUGUAUUUAUACUGAUAG